ACAGUCUCGAUACAUCUUAAAAUGAGCAGCGCCCAUAAAUUGAUUACAUCAUUCCUAUUAGUUUUAUUUGAUUUGUUAGUCGCCACCGCCAUUGUCUGGCCCGCAAAAUGCCCUGAAAUAGUGCCGAAACAACGCUGGGACGGGCGGGCUGCCUUAACGGUGAAUUAUACCAUCAUUCCUGUAGAAUAUGUGAUAGUCCAUCAUACUGUCACAAAUGAAUGCAUCACAACAAACGGCUGUUCCUCGGUUGUCAAGAGUAUCCAGAAUUUCCACAUGGAUGAGUUAGAUUUUCACGAUAUUGGAUACAAUUUUUUAGUUGGAGGAGACGGUAAAAUUUACGAAGGGGCAGGAUGGCACAAAGUAGGAGCCCAUACUAGAGGCUACAACAGCAAAUCCUUGGGAUUGGCCUUCAUUGGUGAUUUUUCGAAAAAGUACCCGCCCAGCGCCCAGACGGCAGCAGGAUUAAAAUUCAUAGAAUGUGCCCUGGAUGCCGGUGAAUUAAGAGACGAUUAUAAACUUCUAGGAGCGAAGCAAGUUAGUCAGACUGUUAGUCCAGGAGCAUACUUAUAUCUUCAAAUAAAAGGCUGGCCUAAUUACGCCUCAUCUCCUUAA